CACCCCGCGGGCAACGGGGUUUGGGGAUUGUCCCGGGUGCUCUCCCGCGGAGCUGUUUCCAAAAGUACACGUCGUGCGGUUUUGAAUCAUUGUGUUCUGGAGUGAGACGAGGCGUGAAAAACACCGAUGGCCUUCGUGUCCGUGAAGCCCCGCCGUGAAGGGAGGGCAAGUUGAAGACAUCGUCAGAUGACAAACAAAAACAGAGUUAGCUGCCAUAGGCCCUUACCGUGGAAACUACUGAAGAAUGAACCUAAGACACAAGAAAACUGAACCCAAAAGGAAAUAGGGAAAUGCAAGAAAAAAUGGUGUUCACUGUUCACAAUGAUAACAGUAGGAAAAAGUGCGCCUUCUAGUAAGUGGACAAACAAGUUUGAGUACACUGCUCUGCCCCACUCCCUUGUUACGGGGUAACAUAACAAGGUAAAGUACCUCCACAACGAGGCAAGACUAGGUCCUGUUCCUUAAGGAGCCCGCAGCCUUGUCUGUUCUGUUCGUUCCCUGGCAGAUUACAGGCUGUGGAAAUCCCUCUCCCCGCUCUCUAACGUGGAGUCGGCUGAGCACGACUCUCUCGCCCCAGCGCGGGAGGUCUGCGGUCUGCGGGUAUGAGGCGCUCCAGGGGAGCUGGCAUCGUCGGUGUGCAAGAGAGGAGCGGACCUGAGACGCAAGGAGAAGCCCUGCCUCUGGAGCCCAGCUCCUUUCCUCUUCUGGUUUUCCACGGAAGGGGCCAGGAGACACUGGAAGGGAGGCGGAGCCGCCGCUGUUCCGGAGCCCGGAGCCCGGCAACACCCGGGACACGAGACGGCGGCGCAGCGGUACAGCGCCCGACUGCUGCAGGCCGGCUACGAGCCCGAGAGCCCUAGAUUGGACCUCGCUACACACCCGACGACACCCCGUUCAGAACUAUCUUCAGUGGUCUUACUGGCAGGUGUUGGUGUCCAGAUGGAUCGCCUUCGCAGGGCUAGCAUGGCGGACUACCUGAUCAGCGGCGGCACCGGCUACGUGCCCGAGGAUGGGCUCACCGCGCAGCAGCUCUUCGCCAGCGCCGACGGCCUCACCUACAACGACUUCCUGAUUCUCCCAGGAUUCAUAGACUUCAUAGCUGAUGAGGUGGACCUGACCUCAGCUCUGACCCGGAAGAUCACGCUGAAGACGCCGCUGAUCUCCUCCCCCAUGGACACUGUGACAGAGGCUGACAUGGCCAUUGCCAUGGCUCUGAUGGGAGGUAUUGGUUUCAUUCACCACAACUGCACCCCAGAGUUCCAGGCCAACGAGGUGCGGAAGGUCAAGAAGUUUGAACAGGGCUUCAUCACGGACCCCGUGGUGCUGAGCCCCUCGCACACUGUGGGUGAUGUGCUGGAGGCCAAGAUGCGGCAUGGCUUCUCUGGCAUCCCCAUCACUGAGACGGGCACCAUGGGCAGCAAGCUGGUGGGCAUCGUCACCUCCCGAGACAUCGACUUUCUUGCUGAGAAGGACCACACCACCCUCCUCAGUGAGGUGAUGACGCCAAGGAUUGAACUGGUGGUGGCUCCAGCAGGUGUGACGUUGAAAGAGGCAAAUGAGAUCCUGCAGCGUAGCAAGAAAGGGAAGCUGCCUAUCGUCAAUGAUCGCGAUGAGCUGGUGGCCAUCAUCGCCCGCACCGACCUGAAGAAGAACCGAGACUACCCUCUGGCCUCCAAGGAUUCCCAGAAGCAGCUGCUCUGUGGGGCAGCUGUGGGCACCCGUGAGGAUGACAAAUACCGUCUGGACCUGCUCACCCAGGCGGGCGUCGACGUCAUAGUCUUGGACUCGUCCCAAGGGAAUUCGGUGUAUCAGAUCGCCAUGGUGCAUUACAUCAAACAGAAGUACCCCCACCUCCAGGUGAUUGGGGGGAACGUGGUGACAGCAGCCCAGGCCAAGAACCUGAUUGAUGCUGGUGUGGACGGGCUGCGUGUGGGCAUGGGCUGCGGCUCCAUCUGCAUCACCCAGGAAGUGAUGGCCUGUGGUCGGCCCCAGGGCACUGCUGUGUACAAGGUGGCUGAGUAUGCCCGGCGCUUUGGUGUGCCCAUCAUAGCCGAUGGCGGCAUCCAGACCGUGGGACACGUGGUCAAGGCCCUGGCCCUUGGAGCCUCCACAGUGAUGAUGGGCUCCCUGCUGGCCGCCACUACGGAGGCCCCUGGCGAGUACUUCUUCUCAGAUGGGGUGCGGCUCAAGAAGUACCGGGGCAUGGGCUCACUGGAUGCCAUGGAGAAGAGCAGCAGCAGCCAGAAACGAUACUUCAGCGAGGGGGAUAAAGUGAAGAUCGCGCAGGGUGUCUCGGGCUCCAUCCAGGACAAAGGAUCCAUUCAGAAGUUCGUGCCCUACCUCAUAGCAGGCAUCCAACACGGCUGCCAGGAUAUCGGGGCCCGCAGCCUGUCUGUCCUUCGGUCCAUGAUGUACUCAGGAGAGCUCAAGUUUGAGAAGCGGACCAUGUCGGCCCAGAUUGAGGGUGGUGUCCAUGGCCUGCACUCUUACGAAAAGCGGCUGUACUGAGGACAGCGGUGGAGGCCGAGGUGGUGGAGGGGAUGCACCCCAGUGUCCACUUUCGGGCACAGCCUCCCUCCAUAACUGAGUGGUCCACAGAUUUGCACUACGGGUUCUCCAGCUCCUUUCCAGGCAGAGAGGAGGGGAGGUCCUGAGGGGACUGCUGCCCCUCACUCGGCAUCCCCUGCAGAGUCAAGACUGCUCCCUGGGCCAGGCUGCCCUGGGAGCCCCGCCCCGAGCCCAGCCAGCCAGGCUCUCAGGCCCUGCGCCUGCCUCAGGUCUUUCUUGCUGCAGCCUGCUCCAGCCUGGCCCCCACCCCAGGGCCAGGCGGCCCCUCCUGGCUUCUCCUGUAGGGCACCUCCCUGCCCCUAGCCCCCCAGGAAAUGGUGCUCUCCUGGCCCUGCCUCUGGCCCUUCCCGGGCCGCUGCCCCUCAGCCAUGUGGCACUUCUGAGCUCCUGACCUAGGCCAAGGGGAGGUCUCUGCCCCCUUCCCCGGCCCUGGGCUACCCUUGGGUCCUGCUCCUCAGGCCGCUCCCCUGUCCCUGGCCAUGGGUAGGAGACUGCCCUGGUCAUGGCCGCCUGCCUGGCAUUCCUGACUCACCACCAUCCCCAGGUGAACCAUUCCUCCCCUCUCCUCAGCUGCAGUCGAAGGCUUUAACUUUGCACACUUGGGAUCACAGUUGCGUCAUUGUGUAUUAAAUACUUGGAAUAAAUCAAGCAGGUCUCAACGCCUCCA